GCACUCCCGUCUCAUCUUCCCUGGUCACCGUCCCACCGCCUGUACCAAGGUCCCCGCCAGCCCGCCUAGACCCUACGGCCUACGCAGUGAUAUCACACGAACACGGCAAGCACACACCGUCUUUAGUCCGAUCCGGCGGACCAUUGGAGGAUGGCAAUGAUGAGAAGUACGCGGGAUCUGCUGAUGGAGGGUUUCGAGGGGCUCGUGCGGGACGGGUCUUUCAAGUGGCCCGUCCCCCGCCGCGGCGUGGACGACGACGACGACCCCUACCGCUCGCCCUCGGCCUGCAAGAGCACGUCCGUUGCCGGCCUCUCCCCCAUGGUCAGCGCCGUCGUCUCUCGCUGCUCCCGAGUUCUCGACGUAUCCAUUGAAGACCUGCAAUAUGACUUUGAUAUGCAAGCAUCUGACUCUAUAAAGCAUCCAAGAAACUAUGCGAGAAACUUUUUGGAAUAUUGUUGCUUUAGGGCACUUGCACAGGUCUCACAAGUUGCGGGAUAUCUUGCUGACAAAAGCCUUCGUCGCCUGACAUUUGAUAUGAUGUUAGCUUGGGAAGUUCCCUCUUCUUCAAGCCAGCUCACUGUUAAGGUUGAGGUUGAAAGCACAGUUAGUUUGGAGGCUUUCUCAAGAAUAGCACCUGCCAUUCCAACAAUCGCUGAUGUAGUAACUUCUUCAAAUCUCUUUGAUGUGCUUUCAUCAACAAGUGGAGGCCGUCUUCCAUUUCCUGUAUAUGAUAAGUAUCUUGCAGGAUUGGACAGAGCAUUUAAGAAAAUGAAGACACAGUCUGAGUCAUCGCUUCUAUCGGGCUUCCGAUCACAGAGAGGAGAAAGGGUUCUAGAAGUCGAUGGAACAUUGACAACUCAACCAGUACUUGAGCAUGUUGGGAUUUCAACAUGGCCAGGAAGAUUGACACUUACGGAUCAUGCCCUUUACUUUGAAGCUGUAAAGGUUGUGACAUUUGAUAAGCCCAAAUCUUAUGAACUUGCAGAAGAUGCAAAGCAGAUUGUUAAACCUGAGCUGACUGGCCCAUGGGGUUCACGGCUGUUUGACAAAGCUGUUAUGUAUAAAUCAACAACCUUAGCUGAACCAGUGAUCAUAGAAUUUCCAGAGCUGGCCGGGCACUCUCGCCGUGAUUACUGGUUGGCAAUUAUAUCUGAAGUUCUUUAUGUUCACAGGUUUGUUAGGAAGUUCGACAUAAGUGGAGUCGAUAAAGAGGAAAUAAUUCUGAAGGCCUCGCUUGGUAUCUUGCGGUUGCAAGCCAUCGAAGAAUUAGCUUUUCCAGCUUCCAAUCGAUACGAAUCUCUUUUGUUGUUCAAUCUUUGUGACAAACUGCCUGGAGGAGAUGUAAUACUUGAAACACUAGCCAGUACUAUAUCAUCAAGAAGUUCAGCUCAUGCCAAUCAACCAGGCAUGAGCAUUGGAAUGCGUUCCAUGUCUGCCUUCGCUGUCCUGUCAAACCUGGGCAUGGUAUCACCAGGUAAUAAUAGUGAGAGACUCUUUGUUGGUGAGAUAGUCGUUGGGGAAAUGAGUUCCUUGCAGAAGGCAGUUACUGAGUCAAUGAACAACUACAAGAAAGUUGAACUGGCCCAAGCCACAGUUGAUGGAGUCAAAGUUGAUGGGCUUGAUACAAACCUGGUAGUGAUGAAGGAAUUGUUAUCACCGGUAAGUGACGUUUGGAGGUUUUUGGUGUCGUUGGCAUUGUGGGACGAGCCUUUGAAGUCAUUCGUCUUUUGCUUGUUAUCUUCUUCUAUUAUCAUAAGGGGAUGGGUAGUCUAUUUUCUUGUUAUGGUCAUACUGUUAUCAGCAACGGUCAUGCUGCUGACAAGACUAACUAGUCAAGGAAAGCCAAUGACUGAGGUCAAGGUGACAUCUCCACCUUCAAUGAACACUAUGGAGCAGCUCUUAGCUGUUCAAAAUGCUAUUUCCAAAGUUGAAGAGCUUGUCCAGGAUGCAAAUAUUGUUCUUCUGAAGAUAAGAGCUCUACUGCUGGCUUUUCCAUCUCAGGCCACAGACAAAGCUAUCCUUGCGUUGUUAUUGAUGGCUCUUGUCCUUGCCUUGCUGCCCACAAGAUUGCUUAUCCUGGCGAUGUUUCUGGAGGUGUUCACCAACCACUCUCCGCUAAGAAGAGCAAGCACAGAGAGAUGCACCAGAAGGUUGAGAGAGUGGUGGUUCAGCAUACCUGCAGCGCCAGUAGUGGUGGAGAAGGAUAACAAAGAAGAUAAGAAGACAAAAUGAAUUUGUGUGUAUAAAUUGUGAUUCCGUGUCUAGUUUGGCUGAUGUGGUGAUGGAUCACAAGCGCACCGCUGUGUACAAUGUCUGAGGAUAUGAUAAAUGAACUGCAGUUAGUAUUUCAAUAAGAAUGUUAGCUCCUUUUCCCUCCUUUCUGUGCUCUACCCUGAUAUCUCAAAACUAGUCUAUUUCAUGGGAAUGUAUUAUGCAUGUGCAUGUGUUUGAGUUUCAGUGUUUA